AUGGCAGAAGCAGUUUUUCACCCCCCAAGAAGGAAAAGAAGAGUUUUUGAGUCAUACGAGUCUCCCUUUCCUGUGAAUGUAGGUGGGAAGGAUUUCAGAAUAUGCCAGGCUGAAAUCAUUAACAACAACGUUAUUGUGAGGAACCCUGAAGAUAUCGAACAGCUUUAUAACAAGGGCUAUUUUGGAAAAGGUAUCCUUUCAAGAAGUCGACCAGUGUACAGUAUUUCAGAUCCUUCAGUGGUUACUAAGUGGCAAGGUGCUAAUGUAAACAUGCCUAUAAUUACAUCGAAAAAGUACCAGUGUCAUGUUCAGUGGGCGAAAAGUAUUUUGCAAGAGCAAGGAUUUGAUGACUGCUCAGUUACCAAAAUUCUUGAAAAUUACACUAAGCCUCUUGAGCUGCCAUUCUUGGAAGAGGAUGGAGCCGAACAAACUCCAAAUAUUUGUAACAGAAUGGGCCCAAAUACAGAACUUUCCAGACAAUCUUCUGCAGAUACUGGAAAUGUAGCAGCCCCAAGUCCUGAGAAUCAGAAUGAAGGCUACAAGAAAGCUUGUUUGGAAGGAGAUCCAGCGUUUGAUCCUGCGGCUGUAUGUGGCUCUAAAGAACAUGAACUAGGUGUCUUGAAAGACGUAGCUGAAGUGUCUUGCCAGAAGCAUGGUCGUCUUGUGCACUGUGGCUGCAAGGAGAAGGAGAGCAAUGAGCAAAGAUCUUGUGACAUGAUCAAGUUGAAAGAAUGUGCUCCAGAAUACGUAUUGGUGCAAGAGGAAGAAGAUGGUAGCUUAUGUCCUGAAGAUGAUUCUGCUCACGUGCAAGAAAAUCUUGUCAAGAAUGAAAAACUAGUAUGCAGAAGAAAUCCAUUUAGGAUUUUUGAAUAUUUACAACUCAGCUUGGAAGAGGCUUUUUUCUUGGUGUAUGCUCUGGGAUGCUUAAGUAUUUAUUAUGGUGAGGAGCCCCUAACUAUUCUGAAGCUAUGGGAAGUUUUCAGUGAAGUGAAGCCCAACUUUAAAACUACUUACAUGGCGUAUCACUACUUCCGCAGUAAGGGUUGGGUCCCCAAAGUUGGCCUGAAGUAUGGAACUGAUCUCUUGCUGUAUCGAAAAGGCCCCCCCUUCUAUCAUGCAAGUUACUCUGUCAUUGCUGAAUUAGUUGAUGGUAAUUUUGAAGGUUCUCUUCGCAGACCACUCAGCUGGAAGUCCUUGGCUGGGUUGAACAGGACAACUGUUAAUGCUUCGAAGGAACUUAUGCUAUGCUAUUUGAUUAGACCAUCUGAUAUGACUGAAAAAGAGAUGUCGACACCGGAAUGCAUGAAACGAAUUAAGGUUCAGGAACUGAUUGUAACUCGUUGGGUUUCUUCCCGUGAGCGUAGUGAGCAAGAUGAACUUUGA